AUGGGGUACAAAACUCUGUGCUUUGGAUUCUCUUGUGUUCUAUUUGCUUAUUGUGUUUAUUCACCUGUUCCAGAGAACAUUGAAGAACCCUGGAAAGUGAGAUUCAUGGAUGCUCUCAUAAAAGAGACUUCACUUGUGGCCACAUUAUUUGAAAAUAUAGGUCUUAUGAAAUAUGGAGAAGUGUUUUCAACUUUAACAACAGUUCAUUUGACAAAACCAAUUUCAGACGAAAAUAUUACAGUGAUUGACACAAACUUUAGAGACAUUCCUGUUCGUCUGUACUUGCCAAAAAAGAAGUCUAAAAGACAGAGACCAGCUAUAUUUUUCCUUCAUGGUGGUGUCUUUGUCUUUGGAAGUUGCAAAAUUUCUGGAUCUGAUGACCUGAACAGAUGGACAGCAAACAAGCUUGAUGCUGUUGUUGUGGGAAUAGAAUACAGACUUGCUCCUCAGUAUCAAUUCCCAGUUGCCCUUGAAGAUUGUGUUUUUGUGAUCAAGUUCUUUCUCCAGGAUAAAGUCCUUGCAGAAUAUGGAGUGGAUCCUACUCGCAUCUGCAUUGUGGGAGAGAGUUCUGGGGGUACCUUAACAGCAAUAGUGACUCAACUGUUACAGAAUGAUCCAGAAUUCAAAGACAGAAUUAAGGCACAAGUCUUGAUAUACCCUCUCCUACAAAUAAUUAACAGCUACCUGCCAUCUCAUCGAGAGUAUGAACACGGUCCAAUUCUGUUCAGGAAGAUGGCAAUCAAGUUGGUAGCCCUAUAUGUGUCUGAAGACACAGCACUACUCCAGGCUGCACUGAGAAAUGAACACAUGCCUGAAGGAUCAAGACAUCUGUUCAAGUUUGUUAACUGGAGUGACUUUCUUCCUGAGAAAUACAAAAAGAACCAUGUUUACACUGAGCCCAUUCUUGGAAAAUUGAAUGCUUCCUAUCCAGAACUUGUGGAUAGCAGGCUGUCCCCUUUGCUAGUCAAUGACUCCCAGUUACAGAGUUUGCCACUGACCUACAUCCUCACUUGUGAACAUGAUUUCAUAAGAGACGAUGGUCUCAUUUAUGUCACACGGCUUAGAAAUGCUGGGGUUCGAGUUACUCAUGACCACAUAGAGGAAGGAAUCCAUGGAGCCAUGUCAUUUACCAGAGCUCCAUUUUUUUUACAUCUAGGAUUAAGAAUAAGAGAUAAGUAUAUUAGCUGGUUAGAGGAAAAUCUAUAA